AUUAAGUCAAAAUUUGUAAUCUUCUGACUAAUUUGCGUUAGAUCGCGGGUUGAAAUCUACCGGCGCUGACGUUUACAGAUCAGGGAGACCUUUGGUUUUAGAGACGAAAUUAUUCGCUUGUGGACGUAGAAUUUUGUUGAUUCACAGGAAGUACAAAGAUGGCGGAUGUUCUGCAAGCAGCGUUUCAAUUUGCCAGCGAUCAUUGGAUUACUCUUUUGGUCGGAUUCUCGAUCAUAUUAUAUUAUUGGCAUUGGGUUUCGUACUACACUGUGUUCACGAAACUUGGAAUCACUGGGCCUACACCUCUUCCACUUUUGGGAAAUACGAGACAAACGCUUCUUAAUCCAAAUUUUGCUCCAAAACUUCAUGUAGAGUGGUGUGCAAAGUAUGGCAGGGUGUUUGGAAUGUAUUUGUUCCGGACGCCUUUUCUAAUGGUAGCUGAUCCUGAAAUGAUCAAAGAGAUCCUCGUUAAAGAAUUUCAAAAAUUCCAUGAUCGAAAGCUCAUCGUAAAUUUUCCAAAGCCUUAUGACAGGAUGUUGACCUUAGUACCUGGUCAGAAGUGGAAAGAUAUCCGUAUUACUCUGACUCCAACCUUCAGUGCUUCUAAGAUGAAGCAGAUGAUGACAUUUAUGAAUGAAUCCGUGGACACGUUUAUUGAUAAGGUGGACAAAAUUUCAGAAACAGGCGAGAUAGUAGAUUUUCAUAAGUGGCUUCAGAGUCUUACCAUGGAGGUAAUCUUGUCAACAGCAUUUGGAGUGAGAGCAGAAACACAAACUACUGAAAAUGAUCCAAUCACUGAACGAGCAAAGAAAGUCAUGACUCCUAAACCUAUCGUUGGGUUAACAUUGCUACUGCCGUUUGGAGACCGGUUACUAAACUAUCUUAAUGAUCCCUUUGAGUUUGACCCAAUCGGGUCCGUAGCAGCUAAUAUCAUAGCUGAGAGGACAACGGAAAAUAGUAACAGGAAAGCCAAACGAAGGGACUUACUCCAAAUGAUGCUGGACGCAAAAGAAGAAACCGGCGGACAAAAAAUUGACAAUGAAGAUAUUCAGGCCCAAAGUCUCGUUUUUCUUAUCGCUGGAUAUGAAACUUCCAGUACCACCCUGGGGUUUGUUUUUUAUCACCUCGCUAUUGAUACGCAUGUGCAAGACAAACUGAGAGAUGAGAUUGACCGUAUGUGGCCUGAGGACGAGGCGUCGCCGUCAUACGAUCUGCUUCAUAGGAUGGAAUACCUUGAGAUGGUCAUUAAUGAAGCACUCAGAAUGUAUCCCCCAGGAUUUGUACUCCAGAGAGACUGCAACGAAACCUGCACUAUCAAAGGUGUCAAAAUUCCACAAGGAAUGCCGAUCAUGGUUCCAUGUUAUGCUGUUCAUCACGACCCAGAGAUUUAUCCAGAUCCCGAAAAGUUUGAUCCAGAGAGGUUCACAGAAGACGAAAAAGCAAAGCGUCAUCCGUAUGCAUUCAUGCCGUUUGGUCACGGCCCCCGCCAAUGUGUCGGCAUGCGAUUUGCUUUGCUGGAAAUUAAGCUGACCCUGGUGAGAUUACUGAGGAAGUAUAAGCUGGAACGGACGGAGAAAACAGCGGUUCCAUUGGAUUACGUUGUUACUUCUACAAUGUCCUGCCCGCAAGGACAAGUAAUGCUGAAAGUUUCACCCAGAGAUUAGAAAACUAAGUGGUGCCUGGACAUCAACCUCAAUUACAUUUACACUGCUUGACAAGUUUAUGUUAGGCUUGGAUAGUUUAGACUGAACUGGCUUUAAUCUGUCUUUUUAAUUACAGUACUUCUUUUGUCAACGUUUUCAUGGAAAAAAUGUAAUGAAAAAGUUCUUAUGAAUUUGUCUUAUUUUGUCUGUUUGUUUUAAUUUCUGUCGAGAUAUCAGGUACCGUUCUCAAAUUUUGUACCCAUGUUAUAGAUAUGGAUCACAGCUCACUGAGCCGUGUAGAGCAUGAUAUAUUUUUAUACACGACUCUUCCAAAACCGAAUCCAUGAAAAACCGAGUCUACGAGCGAGACAGCGAUAUGGUAUUAAAGCCGUGUAAGUAAAAAACAGCAUCAGGCUCGGAAUAUUUCAGUAAGGAAGGCUCAUAAUCGUCUCCAUCCUGCAGCAUUUACGAACAGAAACUAUCAUUGCAAUUGUCUUACUAAUGCGGUCAAUACUCUUACGGUCACCGCAGUGGUUAGAGUGGUCCUGAACGGCUUCGUUGCUCGAGCUCCGAGUAUGAGUACCAAAUUAUCGCUCAGCAUCUGUGUGAGCAAAAAAAUUUAAGAUUGGUCCUACAAUGAUUUAGU